AUGGAAUAAUUUCAUAAUUAAAUAGAUGAUACUCUGUCUUAACAAUACUUUUAAGAAUAAACUAAUUCAAAAAUAUCACUUAGAGUGAUUAUCAACUAUAUUUUUGCAGAUAUAGCUAAAAGACCUAGAUCUUUUAAAAUAGGAUUAUUCACUACUUACAUAGUGAUCACCUUCUUGGGGUUACUUUAAUGCGUAGUUUAAUUGAGUCCUUUAAUCUUUCUCCAACUAGAUGAGACUUCUAUUGGUGAUACCGAUCUAUUAUAUCUACCAUAAGCUGCUGAAAACACUAGCAACUACAGAUUGAUUAACAUGUCAAAUUUACAUAAAGUAUUAUACUUUUAAUUAUUCAAGUAUACAUCUUAAGUCUCUGAGUUUCUAGAUAUAUCUCCUAGAUGGAUGUUUAUGUGUAAUCUAGCAAAAAAAGAUGUUGAAUAAAAAUUCAGAGCAUAUUUUCUUAUUCUUGAUUCCUAACUUGAAUAAAGUAUAGGAAUUGGAAGACGAUUAGAUGUUGAUAUCAUAACUAAUAAUUAAGUUUAUGUAUCUCAUACUGGCUUAAGAGGACUAAAUGCAAGUAAGGGAGAUUUCAUUUAAUUGAAUAUCAAUAUCUUAUAAUUUUUGAAAAAUUUUGGAAUUGAAACUGAAACUGAAAGUGAAAGUUAAGAAUUUCUCCAAUAACUUAGACUACCUUUUAAAUAAGCCAUUAAUUAGUAAUUGGCAUAGUAUUUUAGGGAAGAGAAUUUUGAGAAUAAGGAAUACAAUAUUACAGAUCUUCAAUAAUAUUCAGAAAAUUAUUUGAAUUAUGUUAAAGUUCUUGAAGCAUCUAGUUUAAUAAAAGCUGGAGCUAAAAAUUCAUUAAAAAAGAAUCUAGGAAUGUAAGAGAAUUCAACUUAAGAAUAAAAAUAAUUGGCAUAUCGAACAAUUGAUUUAAUAUUUGAAAGAAAUAUGACAAAAGAUGCUUAUUUAAUAAGAAGAUUUGUUAAUAGAGUAUCUAUGUUUAGUAAUAAUAUUACAAUUUCUUAAUUUGAAGAUGGAUUAUUUGAUUUAUUAAUAUAAGUUAAUGAAUUCAAUAUUGAUGCUGAAGUUCAUGGUGGUGUUGAAUCUCCUAAAGGUAAAUGGACAGAUGCUUUAGGAAUGAUGGUUUUUAUGGAUUAUAAAAAUGCCACUUAAAUCUUUUUAGAUUCCAUAUUUAAUAAAUUAGAUGAAGUUAUAAUAGAAAAUUAAAAAAAUAAUGAAGGAAUGCCUGGAGCUAUUUCUGAAUUAAUUCCAGUUAAUGAUACUCGUAUAUAAGUUAAAAAUGCUACACUUAAUUUUAAAUUAUAAGAAUAUUCACUUAUGGCAAAUCUAUUAUUUAAAAAUAGAGGAGACAUAUAUGAAACUCCAAGAAAAGCAAAAGAUACUAUAAUAUAGACUACCAAUUAAUUCUUUACAUAUGCAGGAUAUAAUUAUCCUGUACAAAUUACUGCACCAAUAGGAUUCACAAUAGGAUUGUAUCAUUUAAUGAAGAAUUUCAUUGAAAAUUUAUUAGGAGUUGCAACUAUGAUUCUAUUAAUGUUAUCUAUACUAUUAAUUUAUUCUUUAAUGAUAGGAGAUAUUGAAGAAAAAACAUAUGAAUUUGGAAUGCUUAGAGCUCUAGGAUUUAAAAAAUCUUGGUUAAUCGUAUUGUUGAUGUUAUUCUUAAGAUUUGUAAUCAAAUUUAACAAUUUUAUAAUAAUAAAAAUUAAAUUAAAAAUAUUUGAUAUGUACAAGCAUUAACAUUUGCAAGUUAGUAAAAUUAUAAUUUAAAAUUAUAGUUCCUGGAUUAUUUUUAGGAUUGGUUUCAUGUUAUUUAAUUAAUACAUUAAUUAGUAUGUAUAUUUUUGAUAUGUCUUUAUUGUUUACUACAUAUUCAAUUCCAUCAUCUGCUUUAGCUUUUUAAAUAAGUUUAGGAAUAACGAUGCCAAUUAUUAGUAAUAUCUUACCAAUCAAAAAAGCAUUAUCUAAAACUCUUAAAGAUAGUUUAGAUCUCUUUCAUAGAGUUAUAAAUGAUAUUUUAGUUACUGUUGUAAAAUUAGAAAUGAUGGGAAUAUCUACAAAUUAAACAGUAUGUUCAAUAAUAUUAAUCAGUACAGGUUUUAUUAGUUAUUAUGUCAUUCCCAUGAAUAUCAUAUUUUAAAAUAUAAGAGGAGCUAUUGUAAUUAUCAAUUUAAUAUUCAUAACUAUGGUUAUAGGAGUUACUAUAUUAAUGAAUUUAAUUGAAUAAUGGUUGGAAAGAUAAAUAUUAAAAAUUAUUUUAUGUAUUAAAUAAUCAGAUUGCAAUUUAAAGAUGAUUAUUUUAAAUAAUCUAAAUGGGCAUGGAAAUAGAAACUUUAAGACUACAUUAAUGUAUUCAUUAGGAUUAGCAUUUAUUAUUUUUACUGGAGCUUAAUUCACUUUAUAAGCUGAAUUUAUGGAUGAUUUCAUUAAAACAAGUUUAACUUCAGAUAUAAUAAUAUUUGAUGCAUCAAUAUAAAAAUAUGGAUUAGAUGAAUAUAAAUUUAGAUAACAUUUAGAAUGGGAAAAAACAAAUGAUCCAACUUUUAUUUAUGAUUAUACUUUUAGUGGUUUAAGUUUGAAUGAAAUUCCAGGUGUACCUAGAUUUUUUUAAAUUUCUCCCUUAGCUCAUUUUCCAAGAAGAAGAAUAAGAUUACAAGCAGUAGAAGAAAAUUACUUAAAAGUUAUAAAUUAUAAAUAUUAUUAUCCAACAGAAUAUGAUACAAAACAAUCAUCUAUUGAUUAUUUACCAAAUGGUGUUAGAGAUGGUGUAAAAGAUCUUUAUAAUAAUGAAGGUAAAUUAGAUAUUGCUAAAACAUCAGAUGUUUAUGGUAUUGCUACAAAUAAUAUUGUAUAAAAUAAUUAUAAAGAUAUGUUAAAAAGCGUAAAUAAUGCCACUAAAAAUGAAGUUUAAGCCCUUGAUAAAGAAAUUAAUGUAAUAAUACCUGAAGGUUAUAGAUUUGAAAAUGGAGUGGAUGUUGAUACACCUGCUUUAUUAAGAAUCGUAUUUAGAGAUAAAGGUAGAGCUAUUGAAAGAAGAUUAAAAAUUAAACAUAUGGCAAUUAAAUUACCAAAUAAUGCAUUUAGUGGUUACAGAACUAUUGCUUUAUUUGGUGAAGGUUUAAUUACUAUGAAAGAUGCAUAAAUGUUAAUUAAUGAAAUAUUAAAUAGUAAAAUUGAAGAAAAUAAAUUUAAUAAUUACAGAGCUCAUUAAUAUUUUUCGAAAUUACCUAAAAAUUUAACUUAUGGACUUCCAAAAGAUGUCUUAUUGAUCAAAUUUAAUAGAAUUACUACCAAAGAAGAAAGAAUAGAUUUUAGUAAUAGACUUAGAAAUUAUUUUACUAAUGAUCAAAUAUAUUUAUUUGAUUCUAUUUCAAUGACAGAUACAGCUUAAGAUUUCUUUUCAUAUUUAGAAUUAUUCAAUAUAGUUGUUGCAACAAUAGCCCUUAUUUUAUCAUUUUUCUUACUUUUAGUAUCAUUUAUUGGAAAUGUUAGAAAUACAUCAUGGGAAAUAGGAAUUUUAAGAGCAAUUGGAUUAACUGAGGUAUAUAUAUAUAAUUAUUAAUAUAGACUUAGAUUUCUAAAGUUUUUGUUUAUGAAUCAAUAACCUUGAUAAUAGCAUCUGGAUUGAUAGGAACUAUAAUUGGUUUAGUUAUAGCUACAACGUUUACACUUUAAAUUGUUGCAUUCUCAGAAUUUAAAUUUAAGUUUGCAUUUCCGACAUCAACAUUUCUUAUCACUUUUUUAGGAGGGAUAUUUAUUUCAAUUUAUGCAAGCUAUUUAGCAGUUAGAAGUUUUAAAUUCAAAUCAAUAGCCUCAGUUUUAAAAGGAUAAUCGUGA